UCUCUAGCCAUGCAGGGACCAAGACCAGUGGUUCUGAGUGGCCCAUCGGGUGCAGGGAAGAGCACUUUGUUAAAGAAAUUGCUUAAAGAUUACGAGAACAUCUUUGGCUUCAGCGUCUCCCAUACCACGAGGCAGCCGAGACCCGGAGAAGUCAAUGGCAAAGAUUACCACUUUGUGACCAGAGAGGAAAUGCAGAAAGAAAUUGAUGCUGGUGAAUUCAUUGAACACGCAGAGUUCUCUGGAAAUAUGUAUGGGACAAGUAAAGGCGCAGUGCAGGCUGUUCAGGCCCAGAACCAGAUCUGCGUCCUUGACAUCGACAUCCAGGGUGUGAAGAACAUCAAGAAGACAGACCUGAACCCCAUCUACAUCUCCGUGCAGCCUCCGUCCAUAGACAUCUUGGAAAAAAGACUACGUGACCGGAAGACUGAGACAGAAGAAAGUUUACUGAAGCGUUUGACUGCAGCCCGCGUAGAUUUGGAACUUAGUAAAGAGCCUGGCCUGUUCGACUUGGUCAUUAUUAACGAUGAUUUAGAAAAAGCCUAUUCCGAAUUGAAGGAGAUACUCCUGGAGGAAAUCAAGAAGACCCAAGAAUCCAGGAAGUCCUGAGCUGAGCCUGCUUGGACAUUUUAACUUUGCACAUCAUUCUCGAAGCACGUCGCACCAUUUUAUUCCGAGAGACAUUCCCUUUAGGCUGAUCCUCCUCCCAAGUUACUCUAGGAUGUUUCUAUUAAAAGGAAAGAAA